ACACACACACAGAGACGCGGAGAAGGUUUAAAGAAACAAAGGCGGACUGAACUCCACCCAUUCCUCGUCACUCUCAACCUUUCGCAGGUGUCGCAUCCACAUUCUUUCUACUUUCUCAGUUGAGAAUUAAGGUGAUUCCCACAAACGCUCACGAACACACAGUAGGCUACUGCUGUCUGUCACUUCCCGGAUCCAGCGUGUCCAAGUUACUGUGGAAAGUUUCUGAAGUGUGUUGCUGGAGGGAGGGACGGAGGGGGAGCUCUGUGAGCCAACAGCGGCGCCGCUGCACUCACACACGGAUCAGUUCGGGGUUUGAGCUCCGGGAUGUCGGCCGUGAAGGCGCUGCAGCAGUGGUGCCGGGUCCGGUGUGAGGGUUACCGGGAUGUGUCCAUCACAAACAUGACCACGUCCUUCAGGGACGGCCUGGCUUUUUGCGCCCUCAUCCACAAACACAGACCCGAUCUCAUCAACUUUGAUUCACUGAAGAAGGAAAAUGUCUUUGAGAACAACAAGCUGGCAUUCAGGGUUGCAGAGGAGGAGCUGGGAAUUCCAGCGCUGCUGGAUGCAGAAGACAUGGUGGCUCUUAAGGUUCCUGACCGUCUCAGUAUCUUGACAUACGUCUCCCAGUACUACAACUAUUUCCAUGGACGUUCCCCGAUUGGUGGUAUGGGAGGUAUAAAACGUCCAGCUGAGGGCCCCACAGAAGAACCAUCUGGGAAGAAGAACCAGCCGGUCGCAUCUAAAGUGUUUCCCUCUUCCAAACCAGCCAGUGAGAACAGCCCUCCCCCCUCCUCCAACAUCAAAAUGCCCUCUCCUUCCCCAAAACAAACCAGAAAUGCCACACAGGAUGUUGCGGUUGAGAAAUCCCAUCAGGCAGGAACCCUGAAUAACAAAUGUGUGUCCUGUAACAAGCACGUUCACCUGGUGCAGCGACAUCUAGUGGACGGGAAGCUCUAUCACAGGAACUGUGCAAAGUUACUGUCCCCUACAAACACAACUGCAGCUUUCAGAGAUUUACCCACAAACACGCUUGUUUCCAAAUUCACUCCUCUACCAGAUGCCCCCAAAUCCAACACAACUACUCCAGUUCAUACACCCUCCAGACCGGGACCAACAUAUCUGACAGAGAAAUCCAGCAACUCUCCCAGCAUCUCCAGCACCUUUUCUGCUUCGUCUCCUUCCCGGCCUGCUUCAGGUCUCUCUUCUGCAGCUAAAGAAAGUCCGACAUAUGUUGUCUCCAAACCCACAGCUUCAAGAACAACUUGUGCAUCUACCAUCACCACAACUUCUAUCAACACCAGGCCCACUGCUGCUCCUCGUAUGUCAACCACAGCAGUGAAGACAAUGCAGUCCAAGCUGAAGUUCCUCCAGUCAGAUAACGCCACAAAGGAUGAAGACAAAAAGACUACAACCAGUAACACUGACAUAAAUAAAAGGCCGAAUGUGACUGGUAAGGUCCAGGAGGCCGCAGCUGGUCAAGCUGUUACUGUGGUUGUGAAUGUUGGUGGUGCUGGUAGAAAGGAAGCAAAUGUGAGCUUAAACACAGGUGCGGAGAGAGGUAAAGCAGCUGGUGUAGGUGGAGAUUCAGGAAAGGCAGGUGACAGUAACACAUCGAAAGCAUCAGCAGCAGCCUUCAUCUCCAAAAAACUGACUGAGGAGAACAACAAUAACAACAGUAAGCCAUCAUGGACGACUGUAGUGCUGAAGAAAACUGACAAACCAUCUCAAGUCGAGACUCCAAAGAGGGAGACAGAGGGUGUCAGAGGGAGAGUGAAGCUGAAAGUUAACCCGGCAAUCCUCGCAGACCUGCAGACUCUUGAGACUCCGGAGACCCCAAACUCUGCUCCAAGCCCGGCCAGCAGGAGUGGACUCAGAGCCAGAACUCCAGACAGAGGAGCCUCAAAGCCUGGCAGUGCAUCACCCAACACCUCAGCAUCAGAGAAUGAGUCUCCUGCGGACUGGAGGUUAAAGCUGAAACCCAUCUCUAAAGAAACCAAACCCGCUGGUUCUCCACAGUCCCUUAAACCAUUGGCUAAUGAAGCUGGAAAGUCACAGACUUCAGAGGUUUCUGUUAGGCCUUCUCACUCUCAUCUUCACAGCCCGAGCAUUUCUGUCACGCCACCUGCAUCAAAGGGAUUUCAGAAUGGUCAAAGAGAUCUAACUGCAAAUGGCAACAAGUCCGAGUCAAAUGUCUCCAAGACAAAGCCAGACUACAUUCACAAAGAGGACAUCAUAAAGGAACUGCAAGACAUCGAAGAUAAUUUGAACGAGCUGGAGAAGAGGGGUGUCGAGCUGGAAAUGAGACUCCGCAGCAGUGAAGAAGACGGUGAAGAUGACUCUCUCAUGGAUGAGCUCAUGGUUGAGUGGUUCAACUUGAUCAGGAACAAGCAGGUGGCCAUUCGCCGGGAGUCUGAACUGGUCUACAUUGGAAGAACCCAGGACCUGGAGGAACAGCAGCCCAGUGUUGAGCAGGAGCUCAGGAGACUGAUGGAAAAACCAGAACAUCUGAAAACAUACUCGGACAGGAAGAGAGAAGAGCAGCUGAUGGCCAAACUGGUGGAGAUUGUCAAUGACAGAAACGCUAUUAUAGAGGGUCUGGAUGAGGACAGACUCAGGGAGGAAGAGGAGGACGAGGAGCUAAACAAGAUGAUGAUGAAUUUCAACAUAAAGAAAGACAAAUCAAAGAAAAAGUCUCCGAUAUCCAAACUGUUCAGUUGGGGGAACAAGAAGGAGGGAUGAUGCUCCGCAAAACACAGCUCUGCCACUUUGAUGUUUUUUUGCUGCUCUUGUUGUAGUCUUAAUGUCAGCGUACUCAGCCUGUGAUUCAUGGGAUAACAUGGAUAGUCUGCGUGUAUGUGUGUGUGUGUGUGUGUUUGUGUAAAUGUGUACGCUGUCAUUUUAAGCACUUAUAGAAAAAUGCCCUUCCCUCUGUCAACUGCAUCACUCAAGAUCUGACAUUACUCCUGCUUGCCAGUGACACACACACACACACACACACACACACACACACACACACACACACACACACACACACACACACACACACACACACACACACACACACACACACACACACACACACACGAUGUUGAGGGGUUAAUGACUCACUAGCCGGGAUGUGAUUGGGUUCAGUGCUCCAGUUGUUAGAUUUAAUACCCUUCUAGUCUUAAUCUGUCUACUUAAUGCUGUCAAACACACACUCACACACACUCCUAAUACUCAGCAACACUACAGAUGCUAAUACGAGUUAAAGAACAAAGGUCAGACAGCUGUUUCUUGCUCUCUGGCCAUGUUUUAGUCCACAUUACAAGUCACUUGUGUGACUUUGACUAUGUGACCCUGUUGAUUACAUGCUGAACUGUCAUUUAUAUUUUAAGCUUGAAGGUUUUUCUCAUACAACAACAAUUAUUCAGAGUGUUGCCCUGUGAUAAGGUGACAAGCUUUUUAAAAAAAAAAAAAAUCUUUAAUAAGAGUAUUGGGUUUAGGAAUUACGAGAUGGUUCACUGACAAGCUACCUAAAAUGAUGCUAUUUAUUUCAGAAUUUCCUAAAAUUUUUUAUUUUAUUAUUAUGAAUUAUGGGCUAAUUUAAUGUCUGUUUGGGAAAAAAAAAACCCUCUUUAGUUAACUUGUCACAGUUUUAAGACAUGCAACCUCUGAGGUGUCAGAGUCGCAAGUAGACCUAGCUAUAUUUGAAGGGAUUUAAGCCAAAAAGGGAAACACCGUCAUAUGUGCAUACAUCAGUAGGCUGAAAGGUUCACUUACAAAUAAUUUACUGUAGAAUUUUAAACCGCAUAUUUAGGUAUUCAUUUACAGCCAUGAUCCUUCAAGAGAAAUUGAAAUCGGUGAAAAUCUCAGAGUCCUUAGUAAGUGCUUCUUUUAGCUUACAUUCUCUUUACCAUGUACUCCACCAUAUACAAAGUCAUAUAUUUAAAACAGUCAAAAAAUACACUUUUUUGAAUUAUUGCAUAUUUGAUGCUCAAACAUAGUUACUAGAAAUUCCCUGGAUGUUUCAUACUUUGUGUCAAAGGUAGUUGUGGUCUUUUACGGUUGACUAGUGGAAAAGGAUGAAUCUGGUUUAUGUCAUGUGACUCAAAGAUUUAUGUAUUUAAACAAAAAGCAAGAGUUGAAUGGAUGUUUGAGUCUUAGAGACACAAGAACUGGUCCAUAUUGGAUCUGGACGUGUACAUGUGUGUCAUAACCUUUACUUGUUAAGUCCUUUUUGGAGAGGCCCUGAAGCAAACUUUUUCAUCUCUGUGUUGUGACCAAACUGCUUAAUUUCACUUAACUAAUUGGUACUACAUAAAUUUAACAUUGUAUAUAUGUUAAUGUUCUUUUCCCCUUUUUUUUUCUCUAUCUCAGCUGUAUAUAUUGUAUAAAGAUGGUACUUACAACAGUCUGACUAUUAAAUGGAGAAACUGGCCUCUGUUUUAAAUAACUGUACUUAAACUUUAAUAAAAAGUCAACAUCA